GCAACCCAUCAGUCGCGCUCAGAUUCUCAAUGUAUUUCAAAAUUUCAGUUCCAACAAAAUUUUUGUAUCAAUAACGUUUUAAUUUAAUCGGUUUUAUUUAAUUUUACAUCGGAUUUAUCAAAAUUAUCAGUACACCAUCAUGCAGAGGGAGUGCAUUUCAGUGCACGUGGGGCAGGCAGGGGUACAGAUGGGCGUGGCGUGCUGGCAGCUAUACUGCCUCGAGCACGGCAUCCGGCCAGACGGAACCUUGCCUGUCUGCGAGGCGGACCCCAACUCCAGCGACUCUUGCUUCAAUACGUUCUUUUCGGAGGCAGACAGGGGCAAGAUGGUGCCGAGGGUUGUGAUGGUGGAUCUGGAAGCGACUGUCAUUGAUGAAGUACGUUCCGGUGAAUACCGUCAACUGUACCACCCUGAACAAUUGAUCACUGGUAAAGAAGAUGCAGCCAACAAUUACGCACGCGGCCACUACUCUACCGGCCGCGAGGUUCUGGGCCCUGUGAUGGAGCGGGUACGGAAACUGGCCGACCAAUGCACUGGACUACAGGGUUUCUUCGUGUUUCACUCGUUUGGAGGCGGUACAGGCUCGGGGUUCACAUCGCUACUAAUGGAGAAGCUGUCAGACGAGUUUGGCAAAAAGAGUAAACUGGAAUUUGCAAUAUAUCCAGCGCCGCAAGUGUCAACAGCGGUGGUAGAACCGUACAACGCUGUGUUGACCACUCACGCGACCAUCAGCCACUCUGAUUGCGCAUUCAUGGUCGACAACGAAGCCAUUUAUGACAUCUGCCGGCGGCGACUGUCUAUAGAGAGGCCAUCGUAUGCCAACCUCAAUAGGCUUAUUUCACAAGUAGUAUCAUCAAUAACUGCUUCAUUGCGUUUCGACGGCGCUCUCAACGUGGACCUCACGGAGUUUCAAACGAAUCUAGUUCCUUACCCUCGGAUACACUUCCCUCUAGCCGCGUACGCACCAGUUGUAUCCGCGGACAAGGCAUACCACGAAGGUAUGUCCGUAUCAGAGAUCACAGCAGAACUGUUCGAGCCACAGAAUCAGAUGGUGAAGUGUGAUCCUCGCGAUGGCAAGUACAUGGCCUGCUGCCUGCUGUACAGGGGCGAUGUGGUGCCGAAAGACGUGAACGCAGCUAUAGCGGCGAUGAAGGGCAGGGCCGGAAUACGAUUCGUCGAUUGGUGUCCAACAGGCUUCAAGGUUGGCAUAAAUUACCAACCGCCAUCGGUGGUAGCAGGCGGGGACCUGGCGCAGGUGAAGCGCGCCGCUUCCAUGCUCAGCAACACGACGGCCAUCGCGGAGGCCUGGGGCAAACUGGAUCACAAGUUUGACCUCAUGUACUCAAAGCGGGCGUUUGUACACUGGUAUGUCGGCGAAGGUAUGGAAGAAGGCGAAUUUUCAGAAGCCCGGGAAGACCUGGCUGCACUUGAGCGAGAUUAUGAUGAAGUGGCCAUUGAGACUUCAGACAUGCAGCCUGGCUGCGACGAUGAGCUGUGACAGCGGCCGCGGGGGGCGUGACACCCUCCCGCCGCGAGCUCAUGCCACCUGCCACCAUAUAAUACGAUUUAAUA